AUGCAAUACCAGACUAACUAUCCGUACGCGACGACCUCGCAGCAAUAUGGAGCGAUCUCCCAGUUGCGGGAGGAGCAGCGACGCCGACAGCAAGAGUACUCGCAAGCCUUGGCCCAGCAAGUAGCUCAACGCGAGCAGCAGAAACGUCGAGAGCGAGAGAUGGAUCAGCAGUAUGGGAGACGCAAGGCUUCGGGCAGCCUCGCAAGGACAGCUUCAAGCCUUCCAAUAGAGGAGGAAUGCUCGACGGAUUGGGCCGCAACAACCACCAAAGCUCCCGAACAAGCUUCGCACACGGACAGCAACAGCAAUCGCAGCAGCAGCUCCAUCAUCGCCUACCUGGUGGUCCAGAGCUCUACCCUCCACAAGCUCGAGCACCUUACGGGGCGAACUGACAUCCAUGAUGGCGGCCGAGGUGACUCGGAGGAAGCAGAACGACUUCGACGAAAGCUUCAACAACAGCAGGAGAUGCAGCUAGCGCUAGAACGGCAAAUUGAGGAGAAGCGGCAACAGAAGCUGGAGGCCAAACGACGGCAGGAAGAGGAAGAUCGACGCGAAAUGAAGCGGUUCGAGGAGGACCAACGCCGACAACGUGCUGAACAAGAGCGACUUCAAGAGGAGAAACGACGCAAGGCCGCACUUGAACAAGAGAAAGCGGAGCUAGCGGCCGCGGCCGUCGCGGCGGCCAACCAACAAGCCAAACUCCAGCAGCAGCAAAAAUUGAGGAAGAACCCGUUCACCAACUCUCGGGCACAUUUGUUUGAGGACCCGCCGCCGCAGCCAUCGCCUCAGCGUGGCUUAAUGAUGCCAAACGGCCACUACGGCCACUCCAAUCAGAACGCGUCACCUGUCCGAGGAGGCCACCAGGGCUUCAACCCGAUUUACCCGCAAGAGUCCCAGCCUGUUGGCCGGUCGAUGGACCCCUUGGAGCUGCGUCGGCAGUACGACGACAUGCGAGAAGAGCUGAUAAGACAGAAGCAACUCGUAGAUCAGCUUCGUCAAGCGCAGGCGCAAAUUCAGCAGCAACAGCAGCAGCUCUCUCCUGUUCGUGCUGUAAACGGGAAUUUGCCCACACUCAUGGACUUGGAAAAACUUCGGAAUGAACUGCGGGGCGAGCUCAAAUACCGCGAGCAACUUCACCGGCAGGAACUGGAAUCACUGAAGCGUGAGCAGCAGCAAGAACGAGGGCCCGAACACUCGCCUAAUCGUUAUCCAGAUGUGAGAAACUCACUUCAACCUGCAUCCGACAAACUGCAACAGCGACUCACGCCGCUGCCUGAAAAAGUCGAUAAUAACGCGCCGUCGACGAAUACCCAAAGACAACAGCAGCAUCGACGAUCUCCCGUGAAAAAGCUUCUAACCUCGCAGACUGGAGUUCACCCAAUUGGCGAUAGUUUGAAGUCAUUGCGAGGUGAAAGCGAGCUCGUGUACUUUGACGGCCGCGUGACUGGAGCUGGUAAAACUGGGAAGGAUGAUGUGGUGGCAAGCCGGAAUCACGGCGGAGAUUACGGCAAUUCUCUGGAUCAACAAAGUGAGUCAAUCAAAGUCGAAGACUCUCGAGUUGCAGAGGUAGCUCGAAGCAGUCUUCGCAAGUCAGCAACCAAGAAACAUAGCGUUAAGCUAUCGGUAGCUGCCAGUGCGUCAUCAGCGUCCGAUCAAGCUAGAAACCCCGCACUGGACGAAUUCGACAGUGAAGACGAGUCACAAGGGUUUGUCAUUCAGUCUUCUCCGGUCCGCGGCAACCGAAGCCAGCAGUUGGCCCCGUCACCAACGACUCACGCGCGCAGGACAGCGGCAAGUAGCCACCGAUACUCUCAGUUGCCGCCGGCUUUGAGCUCGUCUUCGCCCUCUAAGCAAUUUGGCAAGUGGCGGCUUGAGUCUGUGGGGACCAACGAUGCCAGCGACAGUGACGAUGAGCUGGACGCCAGCCUCGACGGUGAGCAGCUCGAAGCCCUCUUCCAGCGGAACGUGCGGCGUCACGAGAUUCUUCUGGGCUUCCAGACCAGAGUCCAAGCACAGACAAAGGCCUCAAACCAACACGAAGAAGACGGUAAAGUUCCCCAGGCCAAAUCAGCGUGGACAGAUCUGCAUCAACAGCUUGAGGACAACCGACGAGCAGGACGAAGCCGCCCUGAUAGCGUCUUCAAAGUGGAUGCCGUCUUCUCUCCUCUUACCAACGGAACAAACAACGCGGAGUGUAUCAGCUAG